GGAGAACUGGUCCCAGAGUGAGGACCCUCUGGAGAAGCCCUCCCUUCACCAGCUGCCCAGGCAAGAUGUGGUGGCUGUUCCUCUGGGGAGUCCUCCAGGCUUGCGCCACACAGGGCUUCGUCCUCUUGGCCCAGCAGCAGCCCCAGCGGUUUGCCUCUCCUGGCUACCCCGGGCCAUACAUGAAAGGCCAAGAAACCAGCCUUGACAUCGAGGCUCCAGAGGGCUUGGCCGUGAGGCUCGUCUUCCAGGACUUCGACCUGGAGACAUCCCCAAACUGUGAGGGGGAUGCGGUCACGAUCUCAGCCGGUGGGAAGCAGAUGUGCCGGCUCUGCGGUCAGCUGAACUCUGCUCCAGGCAGCUCUCCUGCUCAGGGGGAGUUCGUGUCCCCAGGCAGGCGUUUACAGCUGAGCUUCCACACACGUGCUUCCUGCAAAGACCAGGACGCUCACCCCCACAAGGGCUUCCUGGCCCUCUACCAAGCUGUAGCCAGGGAUGCUGGCCAGCCCUCCUCCUGGGCCAGCAGGGACCCUGAGACGGUGAACGCAUCUGCGGACGCCUCCUCCGGGAUCCAGAGCCACUGCCAGGAACCCUACUAUCAGGCGGUCUUCUCAGGGACAGCCACCUGCACAGCAUCAGGCGCCCGGAAAGACCAACAGGGGAGGGAGGAGGUUCCUCACUGUGUGCCUGUGUGUGGGCAGCCAGUCACCCCCAUUAUCCAGGACCAGAAGACCAGCAGUUCCUCCAGAGCUAAGUUGGGUAACUUCCCCUGGCAAGCCUUUACUAGCAUCUACGGCCGUGGUGGUGGGGCCCUGCUGGGAGACCGAUGGAUCCUAACUGCGGCCCAUACCAUCUACCCCAAGGACAGCGUCUCUGCCAGGAGGAAGCCACGUGUGGAUGUGUAUCUGGGCCACACAGACAUCGAGGAGAUGCUGAAGCUGGGCAGCUACCCCGUGCGCCGCGUAGUGGUGCACCCAGAUUACCACCAGGGCAAGUCCCACGACUUCAACGGGGACAUCGCCCUGCUGGAGCUCCAGCACCGGGUCGCGCUAGGUCCCCACCUCCUCCCUGUCUGUCUCCCAGAUAACGAGACUCUCUAUGAAACCGGCGUGCAGGGCUACAUCAGUGGGUUUGGCAUGGAGAUGGGCAGGUUGACCACCCAGUUAAAGUACUCGAGGCUGCCCGUGGCCCCCAGGGAGGCCUGUGAGGCCUGGCUCCGGGAGAAGGGCAGGACGGAAGUGUUCUCAGACAAUAUGAUCUGUGUUGGGGACAAUGUGCAGCCAGACAGUGGCUGCCAGGGGGACAGUGGCAGUGUUUACGUGGUCUGGGACACCCGUGCCCAUCGCUGGGUGGCCACAGGCAUCGUGUCCUGGGGCAUCGGGUGUGCCACUGGCUAUGGCUUCUACACCAAAGUGCUGAACUAUGUGGAGUGGAUCAAGGCAGUGAUGGGCAGCACAGAGUCUGUGGCUGAGCCCUACCUGGAGAUCCUCAAGUGGCUCCUCUGUGUCUCGCUGCUAGCCUUGUUCUGCAGGGCCGGAGGCUCCAUCAACAUGCCCCAGAAGCUCUUUGGGGAGGUGACCUCACCCCUGUACCCCAAGCCGUACCCAAACAACUUUGAGGCAACCACGGUGAUCUCGGUGCCCGCGGGCCACCGGGUGAAGCUGGUCUUCUGGCAUUUUGACGUGGAGCCCUCCGAAGGCUGUUUCUAUGACUACGUCAAGAUCUCUGCUGACAAGAAGAGCCUGGGCAGGUUCUGCGGGCAGCAGGACUCUCCAUUGGGCAAUCCCCCGGGAAGGCGGGAGUUCGAGUCUCAAGGCAACAAGAUGCUGUUGACGUUCCACACCGACUUCUCUAAUGAGGAGAAUGGCACCGUCAUGUUCUACAAGGGCUUCCUGGCCUACUACCACGCUGUGGACCUCGACGAAUGUGCUCCUCAGACGGCCAGCUCUGUGGACGAUGCUCCCCAACCCCGCUGCCAGCACCUGUGCCACAACUACAUUGGCGGCUACUUCUGCUCCUGCCACCCAGGCUACGCACUCCAGAAAGACAAGCAUUCCUGCCAGGCCGAGUGCAGCAGCAGGCUGUACACUGAGCCUUCCGGCUACAUCUCCAGUCUGGAGUAUCCCCAGCCCUACCCGCCAAACCUGCAGUGCAACUACAGCAUCCGGGUGGAACGCGGUCUCACCCUCCACCUCAAGUUCCUGGAGCCCUUCGAGAUUGACGACCACCAGCAAGUGCACUGUCCCUAUGACCAGCUCCAGAUCUAUGCCAAUGGCAAGAUGCUGGGUGAGUUCUGCGGGACACAAAAGCCCCCCGACCUAGACACCAGCAGCAACGCUGCGGAUCUGCUAUUCUUCACAGACGAGUCGGGGGACAGCCGAGGCUGGAAGCUGCGCUACACCAGCGAAAUCAUCAAGUGCCCCCAGCCCAAGGCGCUGGACGAGUUCACCAUCAUCCAAGACCUGCAGUCUCAGUACCAGUUCCGUGACUACUUCAUUGUCAGCUGCAAGCAGGGCUACCAGCUGGUGGAGGGCACCAAAGCGCUGCUCUCCUUCACGGCUGUCUGUCAGGAUGACGGCACAUGGCAUCGCGCCAUGCCCAGAUGCAAGAUCAAAGACUGCGGGCAGCCCAAAGACUUGCCCAACGGGGACUUCCACUACACGACCGCCACGGGCGUCAACACCUACCAGGCCCAAAUCCAGUACCACUGCCGGGAGCCAUAUUACAAGAUGUACAGCAGAGCUGGCAUCAGUGAGGCCACACGAGGCACGUUCACCUGCACAGCCCAGGGCAUUUGGAAGAACGAACAGGAAGGAGAAAAAAUCCCACGGUGUUUGCCUGUUUGCGGGAAGCCGGUGCAUCCGGUGCAACAGCAGCAACGCAUUGUCGGGGGCCAGAAGGCCAAACCGGGGAACUUCCCCUGGCAGGCGCUCACCUCCAUCCACGGCCGGGGCGGCGGUGCCCUGCUGGGCGACCGCUGGAUCCUCACAGCCGCCCACACCCUAUUCCCCAAGGACCACAGCUCGCAGCUCAAUGCAUCCGUGGACGUGUUCCUGGGCCACACGAACGUGGAGGAGAUCAGAAAGAUGUCCAAUCAUCCCAUCCGCAGGGUCAGCAUCCACCCAGAUUACCGUCAACACGAGUCCCAUAAUUUCGAUGGGGACAUCGCCCUUCUAGAACUGGAAAACAGUGUCACCCUGGGCCCCAACCUCCUGCCCAUCUGCCUCCCCGACAACGAGACCUUCUAUGACAAGGGCCUCGUGGGCUAUGUCAGCGGCUUUGGGAUCAUGGAGGAAAGGAUUGCCUAUGACCUCAGGUUUGUCCGUCUGCCCGUGGCGAGGCGAGAGGCUUGUGAGCGCUGGCUCCGGGAGAAAAAUAGGAACGAUGUGUUUUCUGAAAACAUGUUCUGUGCUGGGGACCCGACCCUCAAGCAGGAUGCCUGCCAGGGAGACAGCGGCGGGGUCUUUGCGGUGAGGGACCCGCACAGCGAUCGCUGGGUGGCCACGGGCAUCGUGUCCUGGGGCAUUGGGUGUAGCAGGGGGUAUGGCUUCUACACCAAGUUACUCAACUACGUGGACUGGAUCAAGAAGGAGAUGGGGGAGGAGGAGCAGGACUGAGCCCAGGAUGCCCCCGGUCAGAAGCCAGAGUAAAGGGUGGGAAAAAAAAAGCCACCUAAGCAGGUGUUGAUAACCACUAAGACGAUUAAAGCCACGGAUGCAGAGAUGUGCUGUGUGACAUGAACUCUGUCUGCUGUGGUCCCACCAUAAUUCUUCACCUGAAAUCUCUCAGGCGCCCUUUCUUCCCUCUGUAGCUUUCUGGGCGUGCAGCUGCCAAUCCCUCAGCUAUCAUUCUGCUCUCCCAUUUUUGCACCUUUGUAUAGUUGGAUAAACACCCUUUCCAAAUAAAAUGUUACGAGA